AUGAGCGGCACUUGUCACAUUCUCACGCUCUUUGUCCCUAGCCCGGAUUCUGACAAGCCCUUGAUCCCAUCACCCAAAUGCCAGAUCUCAAUCCCUCCUCGUGUUCAACGCAAUUGCAUCAGCAGUGGUCAAGAUUGUGGCACCCCCUCUUCUGCAAUGUCGGGUGAGAAGGUUGGCCUCGCACUGUCCAAGCUUCAGAGCAUGUGCGACACUGUGUCUCAUUCUGGCACCAUUCAUCCGCCAGAAGAGGUAGAUGGGCUGAGGGGGAGGGUAGAACGGUGGUGUCUGGCCGGACAAAUUCCACGGCCUGCACUGGCCAUUGGUCUGGACGACUCAGUCAGACUCGCCGGUCUGCAGCCCAUUGGUCACUGCGUGGCCCCCAAGUACCGUAAGGCCGGUGCCCGGCUGACCUGCAUGAACACAGUCAGCCAUCUGCACGGGAGCUGCGAGAGCUGA